AAGAUAACUAACCACAAAACACCAAUUCAUAACAGUGGUCGAUCGACCCAAGUUAUCUUUUUAAAAAUUUAGUUUACGGAUUUAAGUGAUAAUGUGAUAGUAGUGAUACACAAUGUAAUCAAUUUAUGGAUGUCGAGUGCUAGGAAAGUUUGAAUGAUUAUCUCUAACACGAUUAGAGAUUAAAUAUCUGCUUCAAUUGUGAUAUUUCACUUCUCUCACUUCUCUGUAGUUUUGCAUACUCAAAGCGAUGCUUUCAAGUAAAACCAAGCACUUCUUACAUUGCCUGCUAUUUUUUACCGUUAUAUUAUUUUUCGAAAUAUUCGCUGGAGGAAUUAAAAUCUUAAAUGGAGGUGUAUUUGUUCCUGCAGAAGAAUUGGAUCCCUGGACACAUUACACUGUACUCGGAGCUUUAAUAUUGUACUUCUUAAGGUUUCUUACGUUUUUACCUCUGCCUCAAGUGAUUUUUAAUUUUGUCGGAUUAACGCUGUACAACGCCUUUCCAGAGAAGGUCGUUUUGAAAGGCUCUCCGCUUCUGGCUCCAUUUAUAUCCAUUCGAAUAGUAACAAGAGGCGACUUUCCACAACUGGUGAAAAAUAACGUCGAUAGAAACAUGAACAAGUGUUUAGAUGCUGGAUUGGAGAAUUUUUUAAUAGAAGUCGUCACCGAUAAAGCCAUUGGAUUACAGCAGCACAGAAGAAUUCGAGAAAUAGUCGUACCUUCGGAAUACCGAACCAAAAGCGGAACGUUGUUUAAAGCUCGAGCUUUGCAGUAUUGCUUGGAAGAAAAAGUAAACAUUCUCAGCGACAACGAUUGGGUGGUGCAUUUGGACGAGGAAACUCUGUUGACUGAGAAUUCCGUGAAAGGUAUUUUGAACUUCAUUAUGGAGGGGUCCCAUCAAUUCGGACAGGGUCUGAUUACUUAUGCAAACGAAGAGGUCGUUAACUGGAUAACCACCCUGGCAGAUAGUUUCCGAGUCACUGAUGAUAUGGGUAAAUUGAGAUUGCAGUUUCGGAUGUUCCACAAGCCGUUAUUUAGCUGGAAAGGAUCCUUCGUUGUAACUAAGUUGGGCGCUGAAAAAGAUGUCUCUUUCGACAACGGUUUAGAUGGCUCCAUAGCAGAAGAUUGUUAUUUCGCAAUGCGAGCCUUCAGCAAGGGAUAUUCCUUCAACUUCAUAGAAGGAGAAAUGUGGGAGAAAUCGCCGUUUACCCUUUGGGAUUUCGUGCAGCAACGGAAACGUUGGCUGCAAGGAAUCCUUUUGGUCGUUCAUUCCAAGGCCAUUCCGUUCAAAAAUAAAAUACUUUUGGCUUGCUCAUGUUACUCUUGGUUAACUUUACCUUUGUCAGUAUCUAAUUUAGUUUUGGCGUCGAAGUUUCCGAUACCUUGCCCGCCAUUUAUUGAUUUUUUGUGCGCGUUCAUAGGAGCUGUGAAUAUUUAUAUGUUCGUUUUUGGCGUAAUAAAGUCUUUCACUGUAUAUAGAUUCGGAUUUGCACGAUUUAUGCUCUGCGUUAUUGGAGCCGUUCUCGUCAUACCUUUUAACGUUAUUAUUGAAAAUAUCGCCGUAAUUUGGGGCAUUUUAGGGAAGAAACAUAAAUUCUAUGUUGUUAAUAAAAACAGCGGCCCCACAAUGACUGUUUAAUUUAAUAUAUCAAUAAGCACAAAUUUUUUUGCUCAACUCUUUGAAGUAUUAUUACAUAAUUUAGCGUUUGUAUUUAUACCAUACCAAAGAUUAAUUAAUAAUGAUUAGUCCAUAAUAAAUAAAUGUACUUAAGUAAUAAACCGUUUGUUUUGCAA